AUAUCAACAAGAUCCAGAACGCUGCUGGAGCUGGGAAGAUAGCUGCCACUGAAAAUCCUCUGGGCUCAGACUUAAGAAUGCUUAAGAAUUGUUUUUUCAGCUAAAACGAAGUUUUUGCUUUGCUAACGCUGCUGACUUUUCACUUGGACGACAGCAACAUAAAAGAUAAGCUCUACCGGGUUUGAUCACAGCCAUCCAUUGUCCGUCGUCUAGCAGCACUUGGGCACCUGAAAGUUUUUGAACCAUCGAACUGAAACGGCAAAUUGCCAAAAUAACGUUGCCCUUCAAGAUAUUGUUGUGAAGAAAAUGACUCACAGCUACGGAACCAAAGCUGAAAUGGUCCUCGAAGUAACGGCCGCGGCGAACUUUGUUUCCAGACUGCUGAGAACAAGGGGCUAUCUCAGCGAGCAUCAGCUUCAGGUUUUCAGAGAUUGUCUCCAGCAAGCAUUAUCAGAACACUACCACCAGCAUUGGUUCCCCGACAGGCCACAGAAGGGAUCUGGUUACCGCUGCAUCCGUAUUAACCACGAAAUGGACCCUAUCAUUGCUAAAGCCGCACAUAGGAUCGGAUUGCCUAGUGAAGAACUGUUCUCGCUUCUGCCACGGGAAUUAACCCUCUGGGUUGACCCCUAUGAGGUCUCCUAUCGCAUUGGAGAGGAUGGUUCCAUAUGUGUGUUGUAUGAAGCAGAGGCACCAGCACCCAGUACCUCGUCAGUUAACCACAGUGCUUCCCCAUUUGAUCAGACUUUGAAUUGCAAGAAUCGGUUUCUGAUGGGUGGUCGUACUAGCCCUCCAAAAAACUACCUGAUGACCGUGUCCAGCUAAAGCAAGAGAUCAUCAUGAGACACUGAAGACUGGUGAUGCGAGUUGGUGUGAGCUGUCGACCACCCACAGUAUAUUGAGUAAAUUCCUGGAAUCUGGGCAUCUAUAGAUAUUCUAACCCUUUUUUGUUAUUUAACUUAAUCUUUAUUUAAUUGUAAGUGAACAUUUCAAAAGCACUGCUAUUCUUGGAGGAAUAGUCCCACUUGGCUCAUUGCAUUUAGGGUUAGAGUUUGGAAUAUUGUCAUGCGCUGUUUUGCACUACUGGUACUGUCUGGGUCUAGUGUGCAUGUAUCCUGUGAUAUUUGCACGCCAAAUUAAACUGGGACCUUAAUGGGUACAAACCAUGAACACUGGGGCUGGCAAUAACUUUCUCUUGGUGCAAUGAGCCCACACCUUCCCAUAUUCAGGAACACAGAAUACAUAGGCUAAUUGGAGUGAAAGUAUUCUCUCAGGCACCACAGCAUUUUUUGUUUGGCAUUGUAUUUUCUGUUAUUGUUGUGUCAAUCAAAUGAGACCAAGGGUGAACUGCUUGAGGACCCAAAAAUAAGCAACUGCUGCUUGUCUGCGUACCUCCUGCCUUAACUGUAAUUGUGACCAUCUCUAGAACUAUGACCAUCUGCCAAACUCUCAUUCCAAUCCUGUUGUGCAAUAUGUUAGUGUUCCAAAAAAAUGGGUUUGUUAAUGUCCCGUUGAGUUGCUCUAAAUCUUGAAAUUUACUUCAAUUUACUUUGAUUUCAGAAGCUAAGACACCAAGGCUGUGGAAGGCGUUAUGUUUCUCAAUGUUUCCUUUGGAAACAAUCUGAAUGUUUAAGGAGGACUGAAUUAUUCACUCCUUCAAAUACGUUGCUGUUUUGUAAAGUGAACUAAUGCUGUGAGGUGGUUGGUUGGCGACAUGCCUGUUUUCACUGCCAGUGUGAUGUUCUCAUUCUCUGUAGCAUUUUCUCCCACCAGGGCUGUUGAGCAGCUCUGUUCCUGUUUACUUUUUUCUAGAUGGAGAUAAAUGUAGUUUGUAAGCUAUUUUAAGCACAGUAUGCUUUUUUUUAAAUGUACAUUCUUUUAAAAAAUGAAUUUGUGCAUAUAGAGAUCUGUACAGUUUUGGGGCAGUUUUAUUACAAUAAACCUUUUAUGAAUUUUAA